AUGACGACUUCGCACGUUCUGCCCGAUAUUGUAUUGUGCGCGCAACAGUCCCUCAUGGAACUUAACAUUUGGACGAAGGUGUUAUUGGACGGUCCUCCGGUAUCGAGCGUCAUGCCUCCUCGACACGCCGAUUACGCGCUGUUUGAGCGGCGCGUGUCCACGUUCGACGACAUCCUCGUACAUCACGCCCGGAUGACUACUGAACACACUCGACUCAUGGCUCGAGCCGGUCUCUUCUACAACGGACACGGUGACAGGACCUGUGUUACCCUGUGUUACCAUUGCGGCGUAUCGUUGUCCAAUUGGUCUCGUUCGGACGAACCCGCUUUCACGCAUACCUUCUGGUCGUCGCAUUGCGCCGUUGUAUACGAUAUGGCACUUGAGCGAGCCGCUACCGGUGACAGAGGUGAGAUCGAACGAUUCGAUCGUGAGCAACAACGACCGACCGCGGUCGAAGAAUCGAACUCGCGACCAGAAAUUAUUCGACCUUCGCUGAGUACGACUUCCGAUAAUAUCACAAUCAACAACGAUCUACUACCAGUAUUGAAAAGAAAACGACGCUUGAACGUGCAGUUACCAAGCAACGGUGUAGUAAGCGCUUUCAACAGUGUAACCAUUUAUACGGACGAGCGCAAACGUUCGCGAGUAGCUAUAUCUCAAGAUCGCAAUGGAUGGACAAUCAAGUUAUCCGAUCGCGAAGAGGACAAUGAGCAAUCCGACGCGAAUGAACACGUCAAGUGCGAAGAGGACGGCGAAGAUGUUUAA